AGUCACCCGGUCUGGCGGGGCCGGGGACGAUGCUGAGGCGGUCGCAGUCGCGGCCCAGACAGGCGCUCAAGGGGCGGCGAGCUCAGCACUAGGCCGGGCCCGGCGCCGCGGAGCUCCCCGCCGCUGUGGAGCUGAGGAGGCCAAAGGAAGCAGCGGCAAGAGGUGCCCCAGCGCCGCCGCCUCCGCCGCUGCCGCCAUGCCGGGUCCCCCCGUGGCAGGAGCGCCCCCCGGGCCGGACCCGGAGGAGCGCUACGACUUCCUCUUCAAGCUGGUGCUGAUCGGCGACGCCAGCGUAGGCAAGACGUGCCUGGUGCAGCGCUUCAAGACCGGGGCCUUCGCCGAGAGGCAGGGCAGCACCAUCGGUGUGGACUUCACCAUGAAGAGCCUGGAGAUCCAGGGCAAGCGGGUCAAGUUGCAGAUCUGGGACACAGCUGGUCAAGAACGGUUUCGGACCAUCACCCAGAGUUACUAUCGAAGUGCCAAUGGAGCUAUUCUAGCCUAUGACAUCAGCAAGAGAGGCUCUUUCCAGUCUAUUCCUCGCUGGAUCGAGGAUGUGAGGAAAUAUGCAGGUUCCAACAUAGUACAAUUGCUGAUUGGAAACAAGUCUGACCUAAGUGACCGUCGGGAGGUUCAGCUAGAGGAAGCUCAGAGUCUGGCUGAGCACUAUGACAUCACCUGUGCCAUAGAGACUUCUGCAAAGGACUCCAGCAACGUGGAGGAGGCUUUUGUAAAGAUGGCAACAGAGUUAAUGAUGAGGCACGGAGGCCCCAUGUUCAGUGAGCAAAACACAGACAGCAUCAAACUUGACAGCAAGGAUGUGGAAGGAUGGGGGUGUGGUUGCUGAUGCAGGUUAUGUUAUCUCUAACUCUUACUGGAAUUACGAGGGUACCUGUCCUUCCCUUAUAAUUACACACACACCGUGCUGCAUAACAAAGCAGCAGUAUCCUUUUCCUGCAAGCCCAAUAUUUUUGUAGGUUAGACAUUAACAUUUGCAGGAUACUUUUAAAUAUGAAGGGGCUUUCUUUUGUAGAUCUAAAAGUUAGCCUUCCACAGCCGUUACUCUGUAGCAGUUUCUACCACAUUCCUUUCAGAGGAACUUGUGCAAUUUGAAAGUUAAGUUGCACAGAAGGAAGCCACUGGGAUCUCUUUGUAUGAAAUUGUCUGAACAAGAAAUUACUGUGUUACCUGUUGUAAAUCCCUGUACAUGGAAGCUUGUACAGAAGAAGACACUUCUGCUUUUAUGUCAGUGAGUCUUAACACUGCCUCUGUUUUUAAACUCUCAGCAUUCCAAGAAUCAAAGAAUCAGAAACCACACAGUGUCAUUCAAUUUCUCUGCAGGGACGUUUCAAGUAUGAAAUACUUGAAAGUUUCCUAUAUAGGACAAAUCAGCUAACAUUUGUUCAAUAUGAGGAACCUCCAUAGAAGAUAGGUUUUUCUAGACAUUAAAUGUAGCAUCUGGUGAGGGUUGAUUAAUGCUGCGGGUGCAAAGCUAGCUGGACAGUUUUUUUGUCUCACAUUUUUCAGACAAAUAGAGAAACCAGUAUGAGCAGAACUGAACUGAACACAUGGGUCACUAAUUUAUUUUCUUUAUUUCCAUCUUGGAAGACUUGAUCCUAAAAACAUUUCAUUGAAUGGAAGUCCUACUGAUUUCAACAGAACCUUCUUGGAACGUAAAUGCCUUUGAAAAUUCAUCAGGCUCACUUCCAAGUAAAUAGGCUUAGGAUUGUAAUGUCAAUAUUAAGGUUUGUUCAUCAUUUAUUUUGCACAUUUUUAUAGCCCCCUUCUUGGAGAUUACAUUGUGUACCUCUAAUAUUCAGUGUUAUUAAUUUCAUUCAAAAUUCAUAUUCAGUACCUAUGAAAAUAUGAUGUUUUUGUUUUUUUACCAUUUGCUUCUUUAAUUGCUGCAGUGCAUCAAAUCAUUUUUAUUGAAGCUUAGUUUCAGUUACAUAUGCUGAUCAUUAAUGUUGUUGCUGGAGUAUUUUUUCCAUAGGAUGUCAUCCAGCUAGGGCUUCUUCUUAUUUAACUUUAGAUAUUAAAUUUGUGGAGGAAAUUGCAAAUCAUAAAUUAUUUAAGGUUGUUUUAUUUUUGUGUGCCAUGAAAUCAACUCCUCAUGAAGUUUGUCUGGGCCAGUUUUGUUAAGAAAUUGAUAAGUGUCUGUAAACUGCACAGUCAGGUAUAGGUGAUCCCUGUUAAUUUUCCUUAAAUGUCCACCCAUGUUAUGGAGCCCCUAUAAAUCAUGAAGCAAUUGCUCUCAUGUCAGAAUUUGGCUCAGGAGCUCCCAAUGUGGGACACAUUUUGUGAGUUGUAGGAUAACCCUUUU